AUGGCUUAUAGUAUUACUGUUAAAAAAUUUAACAAUUUAUCAAUAAACAAAAUAUAUGGAAAAGAAUUUAAUUAUGAAUUUAUUAAAUUAUUAAAUAAAUAUAAAUUAUCUGAUGAAUUUACUUUAAAAAAGAAAAUUAAGGUCAAAAGACCAGGUGAAAAAGGUUUUGUUUUUGUUGUCGGCUCAAAUAAAUCUUUCUUUAACUAUCUUCGAACUGUUUUGGUAAAUUUAAAGCGAGUAUUUGGUUGCAAACAAAAAAUUAUUGGAUUUGAUUUGGGUGGAAUUAAUGAAGAAAUUAAAAUGAAAAAAGAAAUAGAUUUAGUAUGUGAAUUGGAAUGGAGAAAAUUUGAUUGGAACAUUAUGCCUAAAAGUGUACAUUCCUCACAAUUUUUUGCUUGGAAAAUUUUUAUUAUGGCUCAAAUAUUCUCAGAGUUUGACACUUUUAUUUGGUGUGAUACUUCAAUACAAUUUGUAGAAGCUUCUGCUUUAAUUCCAUUAUUCGACUCUAUUGAAAACGGGAGUAUUUCACCCGUUGUUCUUCCUAGUGGAAUGUAUUCCUAUUUGCCAAUGAUUACCGAUUGGAUAAAUGUAAGCUCUAAAUGGGAUUCUAACAUGUAUGAAGCUAAUUUACUUGUAUUCCAUAAAAGCGAGUAUACAAGAAAAUUUCUUAAAUGGGCUCUUCUCUGUGCAGCAACUCAAGAAUGUAUUGAACCAGCUUCUUCAGCGCUUUAUUGUAAUGAUCACAUGUUAGGGUUAAUUGGAGUUUGUCAUAGACAAGACCAAAGUGUUUUUAAUAUUUUAAAUGUUAAUAGUGAAUAUCAGAGGUGGAGUGAAAAUAAUAAAGGUAACCAGCAAAAAUAA